AUGGCCGGUCUCAUCGCCAUCGGCAUCGGCCUAGGCGCCGAAAAACUCGGCCGCACAAUCUCUGACAAAAGACUCGAACGAAAAGAGAAGAAAGCCAUCGCUCAACAUGAAGCUAUAUACGGCACUUCGUCGUCUGCGCCCCCGCCGCCAAUGACGACGAGGCAGCGCCAGGAGCAGAUGCUGAGGAAGCGGGCGGAUGCGCAGAGAGUGCUGGAUGAGGCGCGGAAUGGUGAGCGGUCUGAAGAAGGGUGUCGCCAUAGGAGGAGUUUGAGUGGGGAGAGGGCAAGUGGGGAGGAAGAGGUGCCACCGCCGAGUUAUAGUGAGGCGGUGCGGGAGGGU